CAAUUUGAAACGUGAGUAAAUGACGACUGAAGAAAAGUUGGCGGCAAUGGUGGCUUCAUUUUCAUGUGGCAUGACACAGGGGGCAAACACAGGAAAGUAAAACGUUCAUUUUGAAGUCAUGUUACCUGAGCAGCCGGCAGGUGGGCGAUAAUCGCGGUCACCUGACUUUUGCGGUCGUCGUUUGCGGGGAGUGCACGACACAGCGUUUGAUUUGGGACAACGCUAACCCGUCGGGAGCUAUCUUCUGCCAACUGCUGCUGUUCAGAGAGGAGGGAAAACAGGCAUCGUUUGGUCCUUAUCUGACUGUAGGUGUGUGAUACACUGGGUGAGGUUUGCUGCUGCAGGGGCAUCGACGGCGCUGCGAAACUUACGGGAGGUUUCAAGGAGCAGCGGUGUUGUGAAUGUCCACUGAUGGCAGUGGUGGGGAUACAUCCUGAUGACAUCAUUGUGUAGGGAGCAGAGGAUGUUUUGCACACACACAUUCACAAAAGACUUCAGCAGGACUUCAGGAGGACUUCAGCAGGACUUCAGCAGGGCCAUGGCAGGCUUACAGAGAGCCACACAUUAUCCACGUCUCUGCUUUAUCAUCUGUGCUACUACUAUUUUACUCCUCAUCCUUUUCAGCCAAGCAUUAAGACACAGACAGAAGGAAGACAGGCACAGAAGAGACAUCCUGGACACUACAGAAAUCCCAGCAGAGCUCAUCGAUCCAGCUGCCAUCGACCUCACUCCCCUGGUCAAUACUUUAAUAAAUUCAAGCCAAUCGGGCUCCCGUCAGCUCUUCUCCCUCCUCAGCGUGACGUCCUACAGCUCUCUGGCUCUCCAUAAACUCACCCUGCUGGUCUACAACAUUUCCAGCAUCAGAAGUGUAGAAAGCAACUUGUUCAGGAGAAGAUUCUGUUACUGUGUCACAAAUGAAACCAACGACUUAACUGACUUUACAGCCAUUCUGUUGGAUGUGAUCGGAAACUCAACCAGUUACCUACACGAGCUCUUUAAAUCUACCUCCAUAUUAUCAGUGAGCCAGAGGAACAACUCUGACUGUAUUUACAUCUGUGUGAUGGCAGGUAAGAUGGGCAGAGAGGUGCCGGAGCUGUGGGAGGUCGCCUCCAUCACUCCUCUCUUCAACCAGACCAUUGUGGAAGGGCCUCACAGAGCAGGUAACAUCUCCUCCUUCAGUCUCCCUGUCGAAUGGCACCAGCUGCCCACAAAUCUGAGUCACAUCUCUCCAUCUGGGAUGAGCUCCAUGUUAACCAGCAGAGUCCAUUCCACUGCACAUGUUUCACCAAGUACUAUGGAAGAAACAGCUGCUCCAACAGCAGAGAUCACCACCGCUCAGCUGCCGGCAACAGCUCAACAACCUCCGACCGUCGCACCACAAAGUGAAACUACGGCAGACAGACUGGAGACGACAGUAGGGACGACACAAACGGUGAUGGAACAAAGAGUUACAUCACGAGGAGCGACAAAACCAGAUGUGACAACAGCUCAGUCACAAGCUACACAAAAACCAACAACAACAACAGCAGUUCUGCAACCAACCAGCACCCCACCGGUCACCACUGUGUCCUUAACUGCUGCUGCAAGUACAACGCGACUGACCACAGUGACAUCCUCACCAGUGAUUAGUCUGAGCCAGAUGACCACAGCUUCACACCUGCUGAGAACAAUGACCCAGCACACGACUUCCACAGCUCACCCGACGAGACUUUCACCUGCCCGUCCUACAGCGGGAGCAACAGUUGCUAGCUGGACUACAGGACCUCUGAGCUGGAGAACUACAACACCCAGCAAGUCUGUGGAAACAGAGAGACCAGGCUGUCCUUGGAGGAGGCCGGAGCUGACCGGUGAGUCGGUCUCCAGCAGCACGACGACCACCACCACCACCACCACGGUCAGCGCUCACAAGCUGCAGCCCUGCGUCCUCGAGCUCUGCAAGUUCUUCUCGCAGUGCCUCUGCAGACCCUUCAACCACAAGACGCGCAUGAAAAGGUACUGUGACGACAGCCACCUCUGGUACGAGAAGCACACGUCUGAGGUGUGUCGGCGGGUCAGGAGAGUCUCCUUCUCCAGAAAUCUGAAACAGAGAUGCCUGACAAAGAUGUGCAAUAAACUGUGACCAGAGAGGAAGCAGAGAGACACAAAGAGCCGUUCAUCCUCACAGGAAGUGACUGAAACUACAGAGAACAGCUGAGUACACCUCUGGAACAUCUGGCCAAUUUGUGGAAAUGGAAUCUGGUGAUUUCUUUUUUUUUUUUUCCCCAAAUCUGGAUGGGUGUGGAAGACACACUGAAAAUUCUGUCAAAUUCUGACAUCAUCACAAUAGUCUACACUCUGAUUUGAUUUAGACUCGUACAAACACUGUUGGACUAUUUAUGAAAAUGAUGUCGUGUUUCUAAGGUUUGGAAAACAAUGUGGAAUAAUACAAAAAAAAAACAGCGGUAGAAAUUGUGGUUUCUUCUAAAGAAACUGAUUUAGAAUUUUCUUUUGUUGGUUAAAAUAAAAAUCGGUCUAAUUUUC